GUGUCAGAACGUACAUUUGCACACGUGUCCUCGAACACGCUAGAACACUGCUUUACUCACCAUUUAAAUGAUCAGCUGAGCUCUGAGUUCUACCACUCAUCGACUCAUCAACAGACUCGAGUUCCCAACCAUGUCUGUUUCAAAAACCUCAAAAUCAUCAAUUUCCUCGUACAAGAAAUUCGAGACCAGAUUCAGAGACCCAAAUCCCGACACCUCCGUUCUCCUCGUCAUCGACAUGCAAAACCACUUCUCCGCCAUCGCGGGCCCCAUCCUACCUUCUAUUACAACCACCAUCGACCUCUGCCGACGCGCCUCUAUCCCCGUCAUCUUCACGCGCCACUCCCACGACCCCGCCGCCCGGUCGCGGAACAUGCUCGCAGAGUGGUGGAUCGACGACCUCAUCUUCGACGGCACCCCCGAGGCGGAAAUCAUGCCGGAGGUGGGGCGGCGUGACGGGGAAACAGUGGUCGGAAAAGACACGUACAGCGCGUUUAGAGGCACGCGCUUGGAGGAGCGGCUGAGGGAGAUGGGCGUGGAGGAAGUUAUUAUUACCGGGGUUAUGACGAAUUUGUGUUGCGAGACGACGGCGCGUGAGGCUUUCGUGCGGGGGUUCAGGGUGUUUUUCUCGACGGACGCGACCGCGACGUCGUCGGAGGAGCUGCAUGAGGCUACUUUGAAGAACAUGGCGUACGGGUUCGCUUACUUGGUUGAUUGUAAGAGACUUUCAAAAUGUUUGUCUGUCUAAACAAUGUUUUUAAGCCCCGCUUCUGGACUUUUAAGUUAGAAACACUUAUUUAGUACCGUUUGUGUAAAAAGUCGAGAAGCACUUAUAAAAAGCUACGAUUCCUAGCUUUUGUUUCAUGACUUCUGCUUUUUUCCCAAACACUUUAAUCACUUAUAAGUCUUUACUAA